AUGUCAGCUGCACCAUCUCCUCCACACGAUCCCGAGCCUGGUCUUGAGCCAGAUUUUGUUCCUGCUGAUCAGCCUGAUGUUGCACCUGCUGAUCCUGAGCCCUUACUUGAUCAUGACCCUAUUCCUUUUGGCAUACCAGACAUUGCACCCCUCAUACCUGAUCCAGUUCCUGCACCCGUUGACCCUCCUGUUGUUGAGCCACUUAUUCCUCCACCUGCACCCGCACCCGCUGACGUUGCUCCUUUUCACCCUGUGGAGUCUGAUGUCCAUCGUGAUGAUUUACCUAUCGUUUUCUUGCAGGACAUACCGGCACCCCGUCCAGGGGAAGCUUUUCCACAUAUCCCCCAGUCUGCACCUUUUGCUCCUUUCACUUCUUCGCCACUCGAUGAGCCAUUCCGAUGGUUUCCACCGUACACCAUGCCGAUUUUAGAUCCCUACCAUCCCUCUCAUUUUGUUGGUUAUACACGGGAUGAGUUACUUUUAUCACUUCAGUUUCAGUAUGAGAUCAUGAGUCAUAGGAUUUUGGAGCUUGAGAUGACACCGCGUCCUUUACCAUGUCCUUGUUAG